CUCUCUCUCUCUCUCUCUGUCUCUGUGAGGUUAGAUAAGGAGUGCAUUUCGAGGGAAUCUACAGCAGAUGAGCAGGAUGUUAUAAGACUGUAAUGAUCUUGUUGAGAAGUCAGCAUCGCAGUCUUCAGUGUAAGGUGCGCACUUGUGCUGUCUUUCUUAUUUAGACGAAAGCAUGACGGGAGUUUUGCGACCCUCCAAACAGAGAUCCGGUAUGAAGCGACCUCGAAAUGAGCCUUACAGGGUUUUCGACUAUCAACAUGUUCCGACCAUCCCAUGUGACUUUGCAUCUUUUCGACGGAUGUGUUCAUCACCCUCUUCGUCUUCCGCAGCCCUGCGGCAAAGCAGAGAGAAACCUCAGAGCAGACACAAGUCCAGGAGCAGAGGAAUCCAGCUGAGAAUGGAGGAGCUGAUGUGCAUUAAGAAAGAGCUGACAGUGAUUAAAUCACAGAUAGACGAGCUGCUGGACAGUCUGGAGCGGAUGGACCCUCAAAGCCAAGAGCUGUCUGGAGACAGUGUGGCGUACUCUCCGCUCCAUGGCUCUGUGAGCAGCGCGGACGAUUCAUCUGGUAGCUCUCCUCCCCUGAGGACAGACAGAGACACGCAGAGCCCACAGACUGCAGACAGCAGUGAUGAAGACAGACAGCAUGUUAAUUACUAUGAAUCAGAUUUGCUCUACAUGUAAAAACAGGUUUCAGAUUCCAAAUUCAGAUACCAAGAUUUGGUAAAAGUCCCAGGAUCUCUAAUGAUGAUGUAAAGAAAACGACCAGGGAAUACGAAGAAAUAUAUUUGGAUCAGUUCCAAAUAUCCAGAUCUGUUGAAAUUGUCAUCAUGUAAAGUGAACAUGAAUCCAGUUUGAAUCCAGGUGUGGAGCAGCUGUCUAAACAGACCAGAGCAAACUGAAUUAUGUGUCGUCAAAAGCUGCUGAUGAUUUUAUGAAUUACAGUAUAUAAACACAAGCUGUUUUUUCCAUGAUUUCAGUCAGUAAAAUACUGAUACGACUCGAGAUAAGAAUAAAAUUAUAGUGUACACACACAAACACACGUUAUUGCAAAUAUCCUGUAUACAGAAAUCAUUUUAUGGUUCUACACAACAGCUCAACUGAUAUGGGUUAUUAAAUGACUGAUGCUAAUAAUGAUAUCUACAUAUCUAUAUCAACUGAUAGACCCUGGUAUAUUGAAAAAAAAAAAUAGUUCAAUUAUUUAUGUUUAUGAGCCACACAUGAGAUUUAAGAUGUACAUAAACACUUAUUUUAUCCCAAAUGUCAUUCAAAUUCACAAAAUGUAUAAUAAUUGUUACAUAAUUCAUAAUUUUGGAAUUGGCACAAUGACUACCAUCUACCUCUGUUGUUAACUAGACAUGGUGUUUGGUCAGUGCAAGUGAUAUGUAAAUAUUUCCCCAUUAAUCGCUCUGGCCAAUUUAGUUUUAUGACUAGAUUUAACUGUAUGAUCAUUAUGUCUUUUUUUUUUUCAUGUGAAAUGUUGUCAAGGUCAUACACUUAAUUUAUGCAUUUUUAAAUAAGUCAUAAAAUAGUGAUUUCCUGCUGAAUGUUUUUUUUGUAAUAUACUUUUUUGUAAUAUAUUACUGUGAUUAUGUCAAAUAUUGUGGAAUGCCAUUUUGUUUGUAUCACUUUGUCGAUUGCAUUGUGAAUGUAUUCAGAAAUAAAAAAUAC